GGAACAUCCUGAAACGGGAGAUCUACUCAUCCGACGGCAACCGAUGAACCAGCGAGGCAUGUUGAGAAACGGGGGGGGAAACGGCGUUUGACAUGCUUUUGAGGCGUCGUCGAUUUCCUCGUCCGCGUUAUCUCAAGCCUUCUUGUACGUACACUGCAAGUAUAGAAGUUUUAUAAAUCAUUUAGCUGCGAAGUUGUGCGAGCCCUCUCCCUCAUCUUCGCUYUGCUUCAUCAUUCCUCUCCUUUUCUCAAUCCUCAGUGAUGGGUACGGUGAAGACAGAGAAGGGUGUGAGUCACGAUCUACCCCCGUCGAUCGGCAUCGAUCUGGGUACGUACAACUGCUGCGUGGCAGUAUGGAGAGAAGAUCACGCCGAGUUCAUAAUGAUCGACAACAAGAGGCUGGUGCCGUCGGUGAUUGGUUUCUCGGAUGGGGAGAGGCUCGUCGGCGACCGGGCAAAAAUGAUCGAGGAUCAGAAUCCAGAGAGGUAUAUCUUCGGAAUGAAGAGGAUGUUAGGAAGAUCCUUUGACAGCCCAGGCGUUGCAAAUGAGAUGCAGACUGCUCCGUUCUUUGCGACACGUGGCCCACGAGGCGAGGCUAUGGUGAUGAUCAAAGAGAAAGAGGAGGAGAAGAGGUAUAGCCCCGAGCACCUGACUGCCAUCCUGCUGAGCAAGCUGAAAGCGGACGCUGAGAAGUAUAUCGGCUCCCCUGUCCAUCGCGCCGUCAUUUCCGUUCCUGCUGGCUUCAAUCAGAGUCAGCGACAAGCCACUCUGCAGGCAGCCGCCAUUKCAGGACUAGACAUCCUGCAGUUGAUGAGCGAGCCGACGGCUGCUACAUUGGGCAGCAGCCGUUGGACUGGAAGACUCACCGAAGAAAGCAGUCGGCUGAAGACGGUUUUAGUCUUCUCCCUCGGUGCGGGAUUCUGUGAGGCGUGUAUAGUGCAAGUGGCAGGGGAAACGUUCCGGGUAAUAGCCGUGGAGAGCAACAUGAGCGUAGGGGGGAAAGACUUCAGUGAUCGCCUGAUUCAUCAUCUCUGGAGCSGCAUCCCUGGAGUGGACAACAGUCGUCGGUGUCUCGKAAAGCUGAGGACGCUGGCAGAGAAGAUAAAAUCCSAUCUCUCUCGUAGGGAAGCUGCAUGUAUAGAGCCGCAUUACCUCUGYGACAGYCAGGCGACCAAGAUUCCGAUUAGAAGGGAAGAUUUUGAGAAGUGGACGUCGGAUCUUUUUCUGAAGUGCACUUCUGUCGUCCAUACGGUGAUGUCCUCUGCUCGAUAUCUGCCGGAGAGCAUUGACAAAGUAGUUCUCGCUGGCGGAGCAACUAGGAUGACCGCCAUAGCUGACUACUUCAAGGAUGUAUUUGGUGAGAGAAAGGUAUUCAAAGGAGCGAAUGCAGAUGAGGUUGUCGCGUGUGGGGCUGCACUCCAAGCGUGGACUCUGGCAAGAGAGGGACCAUCUUCUGCACGCUCUUCGCCUGCCACUUUGCCGAAUGUGGUGGACAUCAGCUCAAGGUUGAUCGACGUGCACGUGCCGCACUUCCAGGAGACGAGACCGAUUAUUUCUGCUCAUGAGAUCUUACCGAUUCAAGCGUCGCGAUUUCGAGUUCCAUGCCAGCCGUUGGAGGGAGCGCCUCACUGCUACUUGCAGGAGGGAUUGGCCAACUUCUGCGCGGUGACAUUGACAGGCUUCGAGCCUGCGACGGACAUUUCGGCAGAGAUUGUUUUCAAUAUGGACAAGAACGGAGUUGUGUCCGCAGCAGCCCGCAGCUGGUUCUCAGCCAAAAAGUUGGACGUCGUGAUCAACGCGGCUAGCUGCCGGCAGCUUACGUGCGAGGAACUCUCGGGCAUCCAGACGGACAUGGCGAAGUACAAAACUUGGGAGGAGGAUAGGAAGAGGAGGGAGGAAGCUUGGAAUGAGCUGCAGGCGUACGCUUCGGAGUUCGUCCAUCGAAGCCCUCCCAAGCUGAAGCGCAAAUGGCACAACGUCAUGAGCCAGCUGAAAGACGUGCAGGCGUGGUUGGAGACGCUGACCAGUCCAGCACCUGUUCUUGAUUAUCGUUGCAAAAUGAGGAAGCUGAAGGUCUCGCUUGCCACGCGCAAGUUCACCUUAGUGGCCGUUUCGAAUUCGAGGAAUUGGUGUGGACAGUGUAUAAUCUCUCCACUGCUUGACACUGCCAGAGGUCUGAACUCCGCUCCUUUCGACGGGAGCGACGUGUGUGAGGUCAUUCUCUCGACGASGAUCGGACGAUUUUAUUCUGUUCACUCGGCAUGCAAAUCGUCUUGGAAGGUUGGAGUAAGCGUUUGUCCAACCAACAAAGCUACGGCUCCAAAUUGGGAGAUGCUGAAAGACUUAUCCAUCCCGGUGGUUGUCUCAGGGAGGUGUUUCGAACCGGCGGACUCGGAGAAGAAUGCGGGGUACGAGGACGUAGGAAAGGAGGCAGCGCGUCUCGUGAAGGCAGGACGGUCUGUUGUUGUGUGCGUCGGUGAGACAGCGGCUGAUAAGCAGUCGGAGUUCCGACCUUUGCUUCGGCAGAUCGAGGCCAUAAACGAUCGUAUAGAUGGUCAAUGGACCAACGUCAUUGUUGCGUACAAGCCAAUGUGUGGCGCUAAGUCGGCUACUGCCAAGCGGGAUACCCCAUCGAGCUGUGAGGAGAGUGGUGUUGCCGCAGCCCCGCACGAGAUGAUCAGAGCUUGGAUCGCUGACCACGUGAACGAGGAGACCGCUGCUCGAACCCGCAUCGUCUAUGGAGGCGACGUUACACGAGAAAGUUGGAGUGCCCUGGCCGAGAAGCCCGAUGUCGAUGGCUUCUUCAUUGAUUUGGAGGACACAAAGGUAAAUUUUCUAGAGAUGGUGAGAUCCGUGGUGAAGGAGUCAGGAGGAGGAGGAGGAGGAGGAGGAGGAGAGAAGCUCGCACGGAAGUAGUGUAUGCUUCUAUUUUGAGUAGAUUUUGCCAUGGUCAUGACUACGGCACACUUAUGGCUUCCUCGAAUAGA